AUGGUUGAUAGACAUAGUAUGUUAAUUAUUGGAAAAUACUUUCAAACAAAAGAUGAUUAUAUCAAUGUUAUGAGUGUUUGUAAGAAGUAUUAUGGUAUUGUUGACCUUUAUCACUUUAAUCCAUUUCCUUUAUUAAGUCAAAACGAUAGAACAAUGUUUACAUCACUUGAAACACAACAUAUUUAUUCUUCAAAUGAUAUAAUUUAUGAAGAUGUUUUACAAUAUGUUAUUCAUUGUGAAGUUUCAUAUGACACAUUCAUUGGUAAAGAACCAAAUGUACAGUAUCUUCAUGUCAAAUUCACAAAAAAUGAUAUGAAAAGAUAUGGAUAUGAGAUUCCAAGAGACCCUGCAAUAAAGAGUAUAGGUAAAGAUUGUUUUAAAUCAUCAUCAAUAAGAUUAAUGACUAUACCUAAUAAUAUUUACCAUAUUGAAGAACAAGCAUUCUUUCGUUGUAAGAGUUUAAUAUCAAUAACACUUUCAACAUCAAUAAAAAUACUUCCUAAACGAUGUUUUGCAGAAUGUGUUUCAUUACAAAGAAUUAAAAUGAACUAUCAUUUAGAAAGAAUAGAAGAUGAAUGUUUUUUAAAUUGUUUAAGUCUUAAUCAUAUCAAAAUACCAUCAACAUUAAGUUAUAUAGGUUAUCAUUCUUUUUGUAAUUGUAAGUCAUUAAAUAGUAUGAAAUUUACAAAUUCAGACUUAAUUCUUGGGAUAUCAAGUUUGGAGGGAUGCGAUGAAUUAACUCAAGUCAUUCUUCCAACUUCAUUAACAAUUUUACCAAAAGGAUGUUUUUCACAAUGUCAUCUUCUUCAGGAGAUAAAUGUUAACUCAAUUCAAAAAUAUGGACCAGGAUGUUUUUAUGGAUGUAUAUCUCUUCCAUUUAGACUUAUUCUUCCUCCAAUUUCAUUAAGAAAAGUAUUAUUAUAA